GUCAAGGCAACCCAACCCGUUCGGGAGAAGUCUGCAUAUCGCCGUCGGGUGACCGAGUGGAGGAAACAAAGGAGCACCCAGUCCAUAUGUUGACAAGGGUCUGAUUCGCUGCCACCAUGUCAAGUAAGCGAGAACGACCGUCCUAUGCCCCCCCCCCUCCUCCGGCCCCUGCAGCACAGUUGCCCUCCACCCCGGGCUUUGUGGGAUACAAUCCUUACAGCCACCUGGCCUACAACAACCUGCGCCUGGGCGGGAGCUCGGCAGGCUCCAGCAGGGAGAUCACACCAGUGAAGAACUCCACGGGCGUCACCGUGCCCAAGCCCCCCAAGCCUCCAGACAAGCCCCUGAUGCCUUACAUGCGGUACAGCCGGAAGGUAAGCAGGAAGGUGUGGGACCAGGUGAAGGCGUCCAACCCAGACCUGAAGCUGUGGGAGAUCGGUAAGAUCAUCGGGGGCAUGUGGCGCGACCUGACGGACGAGGAGAAGCAGGACUACCUCAACGAGUACGAGGCCGAGAAGAUCGAGUACAACGACUCCCUGAAGGCCUACCACAACUCGCCGGCCUACCUGGCCUACGUCAACGCCAAGAACCGCGCCGAGGCGGCCAUGGAGGAGGAGAGCCGCCAGAGGCAGACGCGCAUGGACAAGGGCGAGCCCUACAUGAGCAUCCAGCCCGCGGAGGACCCCGACGACUACGACGACGGCUUCUCGGUGAAGCACACGGCGGCCGCCCGCUUCCAGAGGAACCACCGGCUGAUCAGCGACAUCCUGAGCGAGGUGGUGGUGCCCGACGUGCGCUCGGUGGUCACCACCGCCCGCAUGCAGGUGCUGAAGAGGCAGGUGCAGUCGCUCAUGGUGCACCAGAGGAAGCUGGAGGCGGAGCUUCUGCAGAUCGAGGACCGGCACCAGGACAAGAAGAGGCGCUUCCUGGAGACCACGGACUCCUUCAACACCGAGCUGAAGAGGCUGUGCAGCCAGAAGGUGGAGGUGGACAUGGACAAGCUGGCGGCGGAGAUGGCGGCGGCGGAGGAGGCGGCGCGGCGGCGGGCCGAGGAGCGGGAGCGCGAGGCGGCGGAGCAGGCGGAGAAGGCGGCGCUGCAGGCCCAGGAGCGGCAGCAGCAGCAGCAGCAGGAGGCCGUGAGCAAGGCGGCGGCGGCGGCGGCAGUGGCCGCCGCCGCUAGCGCCAACGCCGCCGAGCAGAGGGACACGGCGUCCGCAGGGCCCGGGGACGACACGCCCACGCCCAUGGAGACAGACGACGCCCCGUCCUCCGCGGCCGAGGCCUCCCCCAGCCCCCAGUCGGCCGACAUCCCCCCAGCCGCACCCACGGACAAGGCCAGCCCGGCCCCCGCCGAGCCCCCCCGUGAGAGCGCCGCGCCCCCGGCCAGUGCGGCCGCCGCCGCCGCCGCCACCACGGCCGCCACCAACAGCGAGGAGAGCAGCAGCAGCAUGAGCAGCGGGCCCCCCGCCUCCCCGGACCGGCCCCCCGAGCGCUCCUCCGCCGCCGCGCCCGGGCCCGCCGGUGGCCCCGAGGGGGGGCCCCGCACGCCCCGGGAGCCCAGCCCGGGCGCCGCCUCCAACCCGCCGCAGUCCCCGCCUUCCACCACGCCCCCUGCUCAGGCCACGCCUCCUGCCGCCGCCCCUUCCUCCUCCUCCUCCUCCUCCUCCUCCUCCUCCUCCUCCUCCUCUUCCUCCUCCACCACUACGGCUUCGGCUGCUGCUUCGGCGUCGGCCGCUGCUGCAGAGGAGCCCGCCCCCUCCCCGCGCCCGCCGUCCCUCCCACCACAGCCCCCGGCCGCCGGCAACCAGACGGGCCAGUAGGGCCCGUCUGGGUACUGCAGGGUCUAGUAGGGCCCGUCCGGGUACUGCAGGGUCUAGUAGAGCCCGGGCCGGCCCGUUUUUUUUGCUUAUAUAUCAUUUUUAAUUCCUUCUCCGGGCACAUUAGGAUGGAUGAAAGUCGUCUUUCUUGUGAAAUGCCACCACACGUCAUAGUCACGUCCCCAAACAGUCCCAUCCCAACACAUAUCGAGGUCCCCCCCCCCCCCCACACACACACAGUCACGUCCACACACAGCCGGGGCUCCAGGCUCUCGGUUGGUUCCCAUCCGAGGACUCGGCUGUGGUCACCCGCCACAUACACGUGUCUGACCGAUCUGGCGCGAGGCUGACCAAUCGCCUCGCCGCUCGGUUGUUGACAUCCUCGUCCCAGAUUCCCUGAUUCUGUCCUGCAUACACACAUCUUAGAACUGUCAGAACCCACUCCUACUUGUGUUCAGUGUGUGUAUGUGUGUCUGUUCCUCAUGGUCGGUCCAGUGUGAACGGACCUCAAUAGAAGCUAAUAUCCCUCUAGUCAUUUUUGCUUUUAUAUAUUAUUUCUUCUGCUCUCCCCUUCUUUGAAUCCAACCCACGCAAUCGUUGAUUCAGGAUAACGAAAACCGUUUUGUAGAAUCGUUUCUUGUUUGUUGACUUCCUUGUAGGCAGACAUAAAUGGUCUGUAGCCUUUGUCCAAAUAAAUCUGGGUCUGACUCCUGCCUGUUUUUUAAACUAAACGUGGAAGUAUUGGUUUUUCGGGUGGCUCUUUCAUGCAUUCCUAGGGAAAUAUCUGUUUUACGACUCGCUCCUGUUUUGCAUAAUGCUACCAGAGGACUCCCAAUAGGAUGCUAGUCUUAUAAUAUAUUCAAUAUUCAAAUUUGGUUUGAGUAUUGGACUCUUGUUUGAAAUAAAUAUUUUCACUGCGACACCCAAACUUUAUAUCUAGAUUAAAUUAAAAUGUUUUUAGAUUUGGAUUAAUGGUCAAAACUAUUGAAGUUGCAUUAAAAUACUUUUUUUUUUAUCAUUUCGUUUUUGUAGAUGUAACUAAUCCCCCCCCCCCCUCACAACAUAAGCCCGACAAACUACAGGACUCAUUCCUAUAUCGACCUCUUGAGCAUCGAAAUGUUAUUUUCCUUACUUGAAUGGGGCGGUUUUUAGUAUUAAGGCUCUGCAUUUUUUAUUCUUUAUUUUGUACAUUGUUAUCUUAUGCCUAUUAAAAGAUGACCUCUUUCUUUCA